AGCGAUAGGUUGAUGUUAUCCGUACUGGUGCAAAGCAGCAGUCUAUUGUGUGCUGCAAUAAGAAUAUGAAGUUGUUGUAGUAAGUCGAAUUGUUCAAAACAUUUUCUCGCCCAACCUCUUCUUUUUCGCACAAGAAGGAGCUACUUACGCUAAUACAAGAUCAUGCCUGUCGACCAGGACCUGCUGCACAGUUUUAUUUCUGCCCCCGGAAGAAGUCCAGCCCCAGCGCUCGUUGCUGCCGGAGGUGAGGACGAGCACGACCACGCUAUCAAAAGUGAAGAUGCGAAGGCCGAAACAACUCGCUUUGAAGAUACGCAGACGUCGGCGAGGACCCACCUCGUGGAGUGCACCGUGAACUCCCACGCACUGCUGGACACCAAUUUUGCGCAGGGUGGAGGUCCGUUCAACAACACAAAUGGCAUUCUGGCGACCGACCUAGUGGGCGCCAUUUUCAGCCAGUAUGGGUCGAUGCUGCUGCCGUUCGUGGGAGCGCGACCACACGUGCCACGAGUGGAGGAGGGAGAUGGAGGACGACAGGAUGCCCUGCACGGUGCAGUAGGUGCAAGGGUUGAUACUACUAGUACCCCUACAGGCAUCGACGGCACCAGGACCAAUUCGGGUCCACUCUGGGAGAUGGACCAUAUCUGCUGGCGCUGCGCUUCGGAGGAGGAGUACAGAAAGAUAAACGCUGUUCUACGAGCACAGUUCGCAAACCACGCUCACCUACGCAUUGCAGAUGUGAUGUCUGGGUCCGGAAGUAGCGUUGGUUGUUUUUUUUUCGGGCUGCUUGCGGAUCUGUAUCUCCCAGAACAGAGCAGAGCAAGCGCUGCAGAGGCUUCCGAUGUUGGAUUUGCUAGUACCUAUGCAAGACAGAUUUAAUGCGUCUUUCCAAAAUGAAUCAGCAUGUACAAUUUUGUAAUAUCCUUCCAGAGCCAGACAUAAUAGUUUCGAGGCACAUGACCUGCUGCUGGAGUCCAUGAUCGGUGGGCGUCCCAUCGCCACGUGGAAGCUGCGAGAGCCGCUCGUGUUCAAUGUAAUUGCCGUCGAAAGGUCUUCCUGCUCUGGCCGCUUAGAAGUCUCUCUCCCCUGCUCGGUUCUCGAGAUUCCCUGUCCGAAGCUAUCAAAAUGAAAAAUCCUCCCACCCCAUAUGAAAACGAAGUUUGUGAUGCUGGAUUUGCGUACACAAAUCAGAUUUGUCUUGCUAGAGAGGAGUGCAGCCCCAUACUAAGCCUGAGCAGAGAGGUUUUGCCCAACGCUCGUAGCAUGAGGAACGGCUGCUCUGUAGGCCCAACAGCAUUACAAAUCACCUGCAGAAUGCAGCGGAGCCUGUGGAGUUGCGUUCCUGCAAGACAGAGAUGAUUUGUGGUCGCAAAUCAGCAUUGCAAAUUUUCUGCGACGUACCUUUUUGAUAUGGGAAGGGGGGAUCUUUCCUCAUAAUAGAAGCGCGCCGGGGGGGGAAAAAAUGGGACUAAGCUGUUCGGGAAGACGAUGUUGAAAGGGAACAACAGUAGUUGUGAACAAGAUCUUCUUCAACCUGUACAACCGGUGAAACAGUACCCCUCCGGCUGGGAGCACGUGGAAUUUGCGGUCGGGGAAAACAAAUUCACCAAAGAGUUUUUGGUCGACCAGUGGGAACUACCAAAAAAAACAACCAACUGGAACUGCGACGCGCUCGUAUCAAAUGUAAAAAUGUCUGGGUCUGGAAGAAUGCAACUUGUCAUGCUAAAUCUGAUGCAUGCAAAAAUCUGUGUUGCGUGAUUGCCAAAAGUCGUCCAGUUUUGACCAAGUCGGGAGGGAGUUUCUCCUGCAGAAUAGGCAUGAGAGAGAUCGCGCAGAAUCUGUCAUGCUAGGUUCUGCACUCCAGACCUCAUGGGUCAUGGAAAAGCUGCAUGACAAAUCGCGCAUUCUUCCAGACGCAGACACUUUUGCAUUUGAUAGCUCGGAAAGGACUGCAACCCCGACGUUUCCUUGGAUUUUGAGUUCUCUGCCAAGGGAAGAACAUCAAGCACCACCGCGGCCGAACAAGAUCUUCUCGCGAACGGCAAAAGGCGUGGCUCCUUCAAAAUUCAUGAGUUGCCGCUGGAAAAAGUGAUCGAAAUCGAAAUCCGGGACGGCCAUGUGGUGCCGGUACCGGAAAGUUACUUCGCCUCCUGACGCCGGUUUCUGUCCGCUGGAUUGGUAUUGCAAAGACAAGAAGCACGCAUGCGAUGAUUGCAAGUUCAUGGGGACGAGUUUAGAUAAGAAGUAGUUUGAUUUUCACUGCAGUUUUAAGCACGUCGACACAC